AUGCCCUCGUCCGAGAUGGAAACUGUCGAGGCCACCGCCCAACCAGUCAUGGUGAGCAGCGGGAGGGUAGACGUCACCAAGAGUCUUCUCACGCGAUGGUUCAACGGUGCAGGGAACGUGUGUUCGGAUCAGAGAAAGGCGACUGCCAAACGGGAGAUCGAAAACGUCACGAACGGCAACGACCAUGAUAGCGAUAGCGACGAGACUGAUCAUAUCGAGAAGAAGAAAAUGGCGACAAUCAUCCCCAGGAAGCAAGGGUUUCUGUGUCAUGUCCGGCGCUUUUGGCCUCGAUACCUGAUCGCCACCAUUUGUUUGCUCGCAAUUUUCCUACCCAUCUUGUACGUUGCCCUUGACCGCCACCUGAGUCCACUCCCCUCGUCCGCUCACCGAACCGGACGCAGAUUUAAAGUCGUGAUCCCUGCCGUUGUGCAGUGCGUCCUCAGUGGCCAAGGCCUGCCUAUCCAUGGUGGGACCUUCCAGGCGCUGUCGGCAUCGCAAUUGAUCCUCUCGCUCAACACGUCGCUCAACAGCCCCAUCGCCGCCACGAUCGACUCGGUGCCGCUCUACCUCUACAACAGGAACACGUCCGUCUACUCGCCCUUUCUCAAUCUCGGCCUCCCCGAGCAGCACGUCAAGGGCACGACACCGGCCACCAUCUCGAAUCAGACCGUCACAAUCAUCAACGAGACGGAGCUUGUUCGAUGGUUCGGCCAGGUCUUUGACGAGGCCACCGUUGAACUGUCCGUCCGGGGCAACCCCACCGUCCGCCUCGGCGCCCUCAGUUCCUCGCCGAGCCUCGAUAGGACCAUCUCGCUGCCGGCUCUCAGCAGCCUCGGCGGCAUCGCCAUCCAGAAUCUCGAGAUCGUGCUGCCUCCAGACGCCGAGGGCAACAAUGUUCGGGGCACCAUCGUCAUUCCAAACACGGCUGUCCUCACCAUCGGCCUCGGCAACGUGACCCUGAACCUCAUGUCGGGCGACAUCAACCUCGGCUACGUCAACCUCUACGACCUCGUGCUGCCUCCCGGGAAUAGCACGCGAUUCUUCGCAGGCCAGGUUUACCUCAAGUCCAUCCUCUCCAACCUCGGCGCGCUCCUCCAGACUCAGUCCGUGCCGCUCGCUCAGGGCAACAUCCAGCUCAACGCCACGGGCAAUGCCACGGUCGUCAACGGGGAGCACAUCAAGUUCAUUGAGGCCGUGCUCAACAACCGGAAGCUUCCCCUCACCAUACCUGUCCUGUCAUUGCUCAGCAGCCUGGUCGGCGGUUUCAUAGGUGGCAAAGGUAAACCGUCCAUCUUCGACUCCUUCGCCGAGAUGGUAGGCAACGCAACCUUUCUCGAGCACGUCGCGGACCACUGGGACAAGUCGGCCGUUGCUGGCCAAGAUAUGACCGAGCAGUUCAAGCGGAUUUCACCACGGGCACGGCUGGCGUCGAACAUGCUCAAGCUGGGGAUGAGAAUGAGAAUGGGAAAGCGCUAA